GAGACACGAAUGGUGACUCCAGACUUUAGCCUAAAACCACCUCCUUCCCAACACAAUGCACUGAUCGGAAGUCCCAGCAAAAGCGCACUCACAAAAAGGGGGGCAAAGUGUUAGGGCUGGCUGGCGGAGGAGGCUAACUUUGUUGGCGUUUGGAGUUGGGAGGCUCACGGAACUUCUCCACAAAGCACAAAGUUGCCUUAGCUCCUCCUCUUGUGUUCUUCUGGAGCGAGAUUGAUUUCAUACCAAAUCUCAUUCUUGAAAUUCCACCUUCGCUGUCAACUUCGGGAAAUAUUUUUUUUAAAUCUCCAAACAGCAAAUUUCUUUAACUUUUUUAAAAAAAACAAAUUUAGAAAGUGGGAAACCUUUCACAGGUCGCCGUCUGGGGGGGUUCUUGAAUUUUUUUCACCCUCUCCCUGUUUAUAUAACACGGGCACUUUUCAGGAGCGGCGGAAAGUUUUCCAAAGUUUGAUUCGGCCACCAGAAACUUUUUUUCUGUUGUUGUUCCUUCGAAGUCGAAGAGUGUCACCUGAAAAAGGAAGGAAAAGCCAACAGGUAUUGUGGCCUGGAGAUCAGUUGGAUAAACUACAGGAGAUCCCAAAGUUUUAUUUUCGGGAGGCUUUAACAGGGGUUUCUCUUCAGUGACCACCGGCUCUUCUCAGAGCCCCACCAGCUGCCACAAUUGCGUCCAACGACUGGAAUGGGAGUGGGAGCCCCGGAGAGGGGAGGCAGGACGGGGGGGAUGGGUUGGAAAAAUCAUUGGAUAAUGACGCCGAGGGAGUAUGGAGUCCUGACAUUGAGCAGAGUUUCCAGGAGGCCUUGGCCAUAUAUCCACCAUGUGGGCGACGGAAGAUUAUCCUGUCUGAUGAGGGCAAGAUGUAUGGCCGUAAUGAGUUGAUAGCGAGAUAUAUCAAGCUACGGACCGGCAAAACACGCACAAGGAAGCAGGUGUCUAGUCACAUACAGGUGUUAGCCAGGAAGAAAGUGCGAGAAUACCAAGCAAGCAUCAAGGUGUCUAGUCAUAUGCAGGUUCUUGCCCGAAGGAAAGCUCGUGAGAUUCAGUCCAAGCUGAAGGCAAUGAAUGUGGAUCAAGCCUCAAAAGACAAGGCCCUGCAGAAUAUGGCUGCCAUGUCUUCAGCACAGAUCGUUUCAGCAACUGCAAUGCAGAACAAAUUGGGGAUAACACCCAUCCCACAAGCUCCCUAUCCAGCAGCAGCCAGGUUUUGGCCUGGUUCUCUUCCUGGACAGCCUGGGUCCUCUCAAGACAACAUUCCAGAGCUGGCAGGCUGUGGAUGGAUGCCCAGAGACACAUGGAGCAGCACAUCCGCUGAGGGCCACAGUGUGAAGCCCUUCGCCCAACCAUCAUACCCUAUUCAGCCAGCGGUACCGCCAUCCAUAGCAAGUUAUGAGCCCUUGGGCCCUCUCUCACCAGCUACUAUCCCAGUGUGGCAAGACCGAACCAUCGCCUCGUCUAAACUCAGGCUGCUGGAGUACUCUGCCUUUGUGGAGAUGCAGAGAGACCCAGACACGUAUAACAAACACCUCUUCGUACAUAUUGGUCAGACAAACCCAUCCUACAGCGAUCCUUUACUGGAGGCCGUGGAUAUCCGUCAGAUCUACGACAAAUUCCCAGAGAAAAAGGGCGGGUUAAAGGAAUUGUUUGAGAAAGGACCACAGAACGCCUUCUUCUUAGUAAAGUUCUGGGCGGACCUUAACAGCAACAUCCAGGAUGGACCUGGGGCUUUCUACGGAGUCAGCAGCCAGUACACUAGCUCUGAGAACAUGACAAUCACCUGCUCCACUAAGGUCUGCUCUUUUGGAAAGCAAGUGGUGGAGAAGGUGGAGACAGAAUAUGCCAGGCUGGAGAAUGGAAGGUUUGUGUAUCGGAUCCAUCGCUCCCCGAUGUGUGAAUACAUGAUCAACUUCAUCCACAAACUCAAGCAUUUACCAGAGAAAUACAUGAUGAACAGUGUGCUAGAGAACUUCACUAUCCUUCAGGUUGUGACCAACCGGGACACCCAGGAGACCUUGCUGUGUAUAGCGUUUGUAUUUGAGGUGUCGACAAGCGAACACGGUGCACAACAUCACGUUUACCGACUGGUGAAGGACUAGGACCCCACCCCCAACCUUCCCUACACAGAGGGUGCUGCCGCCUGCCAUUUAUCUACACAUCUUGGUGCCUGCUCAUUUUUACCAAACGCAAAAAAAAUCUAUUUUUCACAGAAAUACAGAUAUUUUUACAUCCGAACAAAUGUAAAAAAAAAAUUACAAAAAAAAAUGAACUGUUGUGAAGUCAAAAGAACAAUAUUCUGCACUACUUCUGUGAGGGUCAUGUAUGUGUGUGUGUUUUUAUUUCCUCUCUCCAGAACUCAAGCUCAGUGAGAGGUAAUGGUACGGUUUUUCUUCCUUUUAAAAAAUAAUUAAUAAUAUUUACACUUCAGGGAUAGUAAGUAUUGGAUAAGAAUCACUUUCAGAAAGUAAGUGUUAAUGGGGACUUGUGUGUAGGAAUGUUGUCUCUAUUAUAGUUGUUC